ACUAAGUGUAUUAACUAUACAAACAGUGCAGCAGAAAAGUAACGGAACAUGGGCGUAACAGUGGAGGUGCGAAAUGGCAAGAAUGCCAAAGAGAAUGCAGUGGAUCUUGAAGGCGAUGGCGGCAAGAAGACUCACCGUACAAGCAACUUGGAAACGGCGACACAUCUUUUCAAAGGCAGCGUGGGCGCUGGUCUCUUCGCGAUGGGUGAUUGCUUCAAGAAUGGCGGCCUGGUCGGCGCAACUGUGUUGAUGCCCAUUCUGGCGGUUAUUUGCGUGCAUUGCGAACGUAUGCUGAUCGACGGCUCGAUCGAGGUGGUGGGGAAGACACCGGGUGUGGACUUCUUCGACUACCCUGAUACGGUGGAAAAAGUCUUCGAAUAUGGACCAAGACCUAUACGGAAGUUGUCCAAGUUAAUGCGUACAAUUGUGGAGACUUUUCUGUGUGUAACACAAUUUGGCUUCUGUUCGAUAUAUUUCGUUUUCAUUACGGAUAAUCUACAUCAGGUCCUCCAACAAAACGGCAUCGACAUAAGUCCAACAACUACAAUGGCCAUCGCACUGCUGCCGGCCAUGUUACCUUCGUUACUUACAAAUUUGAAGUACAUCUCACCCGUUUCCAUGUUGGCCAACUGUUCGUUACUCUUCGGUCUGCUCGCCACGCUGGUGAUCGCACUUAAAGAUCCCAUGCCACCAGUAAGUGAACGCCAUCUCGUCACGAAUGGCACACAGAUGGCAUUGUUCUUCGGCACAGCGCUUUUCUCAUACGAAGGCAUAGCGCUCAUACUACCGUUACGUAAUAAAAUGCGUAACCCGGAAAGUUUUAUGAGUACCUUUGGUGUUUUGAACGUGACUAUGGCGGUAAUAACGGCGAUCUUCAUUUUCACUGGCAUCGUUGGUUAUAUGCGUUGGGGUGAGGAAGUUGAGGGCAGCAUUACGUUGAAUUUGAAUCCGGAAGAUGUCAUGUCACAGGUUGUUAAAAUCGUUGCUGCCAUGGGUGUUUUCUUCGGCUAUCCCAUACAGUUCUUCAUUCUGAUCAAGAUCAUUUGGAAACCUAUGAAGGAAUCAUGCGGUGUGGCACAAAAGUAUCCCAUUUCGAUACAAGUUGUUUUGCGUUUCAUCAUGGUUUUAUGUACAUUCGGUGUUGCUGUCGUUGUGCCUAAACUUGGUCUCUUCAUUUCGCUAAUCGGAGCGCUGUGCUCCACUUCAUUGGCGCUGUUGAUACCAGUGAUACUUGAUUUUGUGCUGCGUGCUGGAGUGCCCAAAGCUCUGACCACUUGGGUGUACCUGAAGAACAUGGCGAUUAUACUGAUUGCCGUGUUAGGCAUUGCAACUGGCACUUAUCAGAGUAUUGUAGAGAUAAUAAAGGCAUUUUAUGAUUAAAUAUGUUGUGUGGCAGCAAAAUACUAAUUAAGUCGAUAUCCAGUUGUGUGUGUAUGUAUGUAUGUAGUAUUUGCAAUCGUUAUGUUAAGCAUACUUGUAAUUGCGUUGUGUAGUGUUAGUACAUUUUUUAACUAUUUAUGUCCAUGAGAAACAAUCUUUUGUAAAUAGACUUUAUAUGUGUAAAUACUUAGUUAUUAAGUGUACUUAUACUAAGUGAAUACCUUUCGCGCGCAACUAUUGAAUAUCGACUACAAGUAACAUAUAUUUUUAAUAAUUGAGGGUUUUCAUUGCGAAUUCCAUGCCUUACUAGUGCCAAAUAGUCUAUUAAUAUUAGUUAAACUAUAAAUUUAAGUAUUUGUAGUUCUAAAAGUUUUAUAUAACAUGAAGCUGUGCUAAGUUAAACACUGUGUUACUCUGUUUUAAAAAAUUUGAUUUAAAAAAUUAAAUUAUUUUUAUGAAUUUGUUUUUAGUGUUAAAUAUUAUUUAAUUUAGUUCUUAAGAAAAAUAUGUAUUACUAGUCUAAAAGCUUUCCAUAUGAUAAGUAUGUAUUUUAUAGAAAGAUGCUAAAUAAAAUGAAAAUAAAGCUCAACAAUAAAUUUAAAAAUAAUGAAAAA